AUGGGUGCUCUGGGUGGUGGCGAUAAGCCAGGCGGGGACGGUCGGCCAAAUGACGGCGGGCCGACGACAAGCGCAGCGGUGGUGGGCGGAGCGGACGGGAAGGAGGCGUUGGUCGGCGGCAGCAGAGCACCGGAAAAUAGCACGAAGGUUGAGGAGAGCGUGGUGAUGUCACAGCUGGUGUUCACUGGAGCGAGCUACGUGGCGAACGGUGGGUUGGGCCUGAUUGUGGUGGGCGGUCUGGUGGGUAUUUUUUAUUAUUUAUUGUUAUUAUUUGUAAUAUUUAUUAUGGUUGAUUAUUAUUUAUUAUUACUUAUAACAUUGUCGUUAUUAUGUAUUGUAUAUUAUUAUUGUAUAUAUUAUUAUUAUCGUUAA